UAUGCGAAUUAAUUUCGUCUUGAAAUGACUAGACGGUGAAGACUGGCUCAUCGGCUCUUGAUUUCUGAGUAAUCAUUCAAAACUGUGUCGUUGAUAGAAAUACUUUGGGUAACAGAACAAUUCCAUCGUUUCUAUGAUGAAAUAGACUCGAGGAUCAGCAAUGUCUGGUCUACCGUGGGAAAGCGAGGAAAGUCAAAACUACAUUCGAGCGGAAUAUAUUCUCACUGAUGCUGUAAGAAAGGAGUUGAGGAAUUUAUUUAUUCAUGAAUGGAACAAACGUUACCAGGCUUCUCUUGGAGCAUGGGAUGACACCAACGUCAGUGGUAGUCAGUUGUUUAAUCUGGAGAAAAAACGAACAAGACCAAAUAAGACCAUGCUUCAGUCCAAAUUUCAAAAUGGAAAUACAAAUGAAUGGGAUUGUACCGUACUUUUUGAUGCAAUUCUUUAUUCCAACUCAAUCGGUUGUAGUCUUAGUACAACAGAAAAGACUGAAAUCGACAUUCUUCGAAAACUGCGAAAUGAAAUAACUCAUAAUAUACCUGACAAAACGCUAACUAAUAAAGACUUUCAAACCAUGACAACAAAAGUUGAGAAUGCAUUGGGUGCAUUGGGACUGUCAAUCAACGAAGUCGUUCGAAUAAAAAACCUGUUUGCGUCAUUUACAAUUCUUCCCCCUGAACCAGCCCAUGAAGUCGUUUACCGUUCUGACAAGAUACACGAGAUAAGAGAAGACCUUGAAAAGUUGCGCAGUCAUAACGAUGGCAAACUUACAUAUUUGUACAUCUCUGGGAAUCCAGGCAGUGGAAAAUCUCAACUCGCCAGACAAGUUUGUGAAGAUAUUUGCAAAGAUGUUCAUGGGAAAGACGAAGCAAUGUUUGUAAUGACAUUGAACGGAAAAGAUUUAGAUUCUCUUCUUCAUUCAUAUAAAGAUUUUUGUCGUCGGCUGAAUUGUAACGAGAGCGCAUUGCAAAGUGUUUCAAGUUCAUCUAAACCUAAAGAAGAAAAAAUAAAAGAUUUAAGAUCGCAAAUAUCUUGCAGAAUAAAAAAUUGGAAAAAGUGGUGGAUCAUCGUUGACAAUGUGGAAAAUCUAGAACUCAUAUCCCCACUACUGCCUUUGAAGGGAGACGAAGUUUGGAAGGACGGCCAAGUUAUAUUAACAACACAAAACACAAAUGCUGUUCCACAAGACAGCACCUCAACUAAGCAUAUAUCACUUAUUCAUGGAAUGAAUGACCAAGAGUGUCGCCAGCUGCUUGUUCUAUUAUCGUGUACCGAAGUCAAUGGCCCAUUACUAGAUGAGAUGGCGGAGAAGUUGGAUCGUCAACCACUGGCAAUGGCCGCGGCAGCCGUGUAUAUGAGAGAAGUAACCAAUAGUUGUCCAGAUUUUUCUUGGCGAGAUUAUUUACGAAAACUUGAGAAGGGUAAAAGGGGGUUAACGGAGGAACGUCUUCGGCAAAUGAAUUCAGCGGCAUAUUCCUCCACAAUGAGCACGGCAGUGUUGCUAGCGGUUAGAAAAUGUGCAGAAAAUAACACAAUCCUGGAACACGCUUUCAACCUUUUCUCUUUGUUAUCUUUUGAACCAUUACCACUUGAUCUUGUUGUAAAAUAUAUUCAGGAGCAACAGGAGGUAGAUGCGGAGGAUGUCAUUACUGCAAUAAAACUCUCCUCGCUGUUUGUUCAGGAUGGUAGCAAUGGUGAUGUCCGCCUACAUCGUGUUGUUCAUGAAGCCGUCAAAACAUUUUGUCUUUUUGAUGAGUCUAAAAAAGAUAAUACGGAAAACAAAAGUACAAGCGAGGAAGAAAAUUUAACUCACAUUUACAGGGUUGUCAAAAUAAUGAGUUACUUUAGUGAAAGAGAAGAUAAAAUCAAAUCUAUUCCGCAUUUGAAAGCAUUUCACAAAGAAAUUAUUGACAACAUUCAUUUUCCCGAUCAAGCAUUAUACUUAUUAAGCUUACGUUUUGAAAAAGCUGACAUUUCUCAAAUGUAUAUAUCGUUGGGGAGCACACUUUAUCGCUUUUGUCAGUAUGAACUGUCGAUGGAAUUUCUUCAACUGGCACUAAAAAUUCAAUUAAAUCACCUUGGUCCGAAUCACACAGACGUAGCAACUUUAUACAGUAACAUUGGUGUGUUGUGUAGCGAUAAAGGUGAUUUUGAUAAGGCUAAUGUAUAUUAUCAACGCGCACUGAAAAUUCGAUUAGAGCAAUUGGGACCGAAUCAUGCUGAAGUCGCCAAGUCAUACGCCGCCCUUGGUGUGUUGUGUACUGAUAAAGGUGAUUUAGAUCAUGCUAAUGAUUAUUGUCAACGGGGGCUGAAAAUUGAAUUAGAACAGUUGGGGCCGAACCACACUGAAGUUGCUGGUUCAUACAACAGCCUGGCUAAUGUGUGUAAAGAAAAAGGUGAUCUUGAUCAGGCUAAUGAUUAUUAUCAACGGGCGUUGAAAAUUCGAUUACAUCAAUUAGGACCAAACCAUGUUGAAGUGGCUACUUCAUACUACAACCUGGGAGUGUUGUGCAAUGUUAAGGGCGAUUUCCUUCAUGCUAAUGAGUAUCAUCAACGAGCGUUGGGAAUUCGAAUAAAGCAAUUAGGACCAAAGCAUACAGAUGUUGCUGCUUCAUACAAUAGCCUGGGUGUGUUGUGUGAUGAUCAGGGUGACUUGGACCAUGCUGAUGAUUAUUAUCAAAGAGCGCUGAAAAUUCAAAUAGAGCAUUUAGGACCAGACCAUACUGAUGUUGCUGCUUCAUACAACAACCUGGGCAAUGUGUAUUUCAAAAAAGAUGAUCUUGAUCAGGCUAAUGAUUAUUUUCAAAGGGCACUGAAAAUUCGAUUUGAUCAAUUAGGACCAAAUCAUACUGACGUUGCUGCUUCGUACAACAACCUUGGUCGUGUGUGUACCCGAAAAGGUGAUCUUGAUCAGGCUAAUGCAUAUUUUCAACAGGCGAUGAAAAUGCAAUUAAAGCAAUUAGGACCGAACCAUGCUGACGUGGCUACUGCAUACCACAACCUAGGUGAUGUGUGUAGCAGAAAAGGUGAUCUUGAUCAAGCUAAUGAAUAUUUUCAACGAGCACUAAAAAUUCUAUUGGAACAUAUAGGACCGUAUCAUAGUAACGUUGCGAUUUUAUACAACAACCUGAGUAAUGUGUGUAGCAGAAAAGGUGAUCUUGAUCAGGCUAAUGAAUAUUGUCAACGGGCGCUAAAAAUUCAAUUGGAACAAUUUGGACCGAGUCAUACUGACGUUGCCACUUCAUACAACAACCUGGGCAAUGUAUAUCUCGAAAAAGGUGAUCUUGAUCAGGCAAAUGAAUAUUGUCAACGGGCGCUAAAAAUUCAAUUGGAACAAUUAGGACCGAAUCAUACUGACGUUGCCAUUUCAUACAACCUCUUGAGUAACGUGUGUAUCGGAAAAGGUGAUUGUGAUCAGGCUCAAGUGUAUUGUGAACGGGCGCUGAAAAUCCAAUUAGAGCUAUUAGGACCGAGCAAUACUGACGUGGCCAAGUCAUACACCAUCCUAGGAUAUGCGUGUAGCCAAAAAGGUGCUUUUGAUCAAGCUUAUGAUUAUUAUCAACGGGCGCUGAAAAUUCAAUCCGAGCAAUUAGGACCGAACCAUCCUGAGAUUGCUAUAUUGGUAAAGGUAAUCGGCAUCAUUAAAGAUCUCCUUGUUUCAAGAAAUUCAAUUUGCGGCGAGUAAUCAAUAAUUAUUGUAUGAGGUUUAGCGUGAUAAUGAAAAUUUAUUAGAAUUUCUUGAUAAUUCUCAAAAUCAGGUGAAAACCGAAUUCAACAUUUAUUUUUAUAUUCACCUGGAGCCCACAUAUUAAACAUCGAUAUCAUACGGUUCAUUCAAUUUCUUCUUCCUGAAAUGUGUUGUAAUUUUUUAAGGAUUUGCUCAUUAAGCAAAAUCCUUUAUGUCAUCGUCUGUGUAAGAUAGAUAGAUAGAUAGAUAGUAAGAAUGUGACGUAACUACGAUAUCUUCCGAGGACUCAAAAAUUCGCGAACCGUCGGAAACUAUUAUCCGCUAUUACCGUUGAAUCAGUUUGUGAAUAUUUGCGAUCUUUUGGGCAAAAAAAUACCGCUUAUUUUCGGAAAUGCACGAACAACUAAAGAUUUAGCCAAUUUUUUAGAGCUAAGCGAAGGGAUAAAUGG